UUUUCCGGGCCCAGUUUCUUCCCUUCGUCACCGCUCGUCAAGCCUUCUCCGCUGCUCUGCUCCUCCUCUUCCUCUUCUCACUCUCGGCGAUCUCUGCCUUUCAGCUCAGCUUCCUCCUCCUCCGCAGCUGCUCCGAAGUGAAAGAAAGGAGCAUGGCAGGAGCUCGGGAUAGGCUUCUUUUUCGUAGUUUCUGUUUAUCCCGUCUGUCCUUAUCACAUGGUGGUUGGAAAGCAUCAGUGCUCCGCUACUUUAGCAGCAACGCAGAUGGGUUCGGCUUCAACACUGGUGAUGAGGGUUCGAGGAAAACACGAGGGCAAAUCAGUCGCGAUGAGGAUCAUUCUGCUCCUCCUGACCCGCUGCCAAAUAGACCUUUAAGAGGUCAGCAGCAGCCGGACUGGGAACGCCCUGUGAGGAACAAUCGCUCGAAUAUGAGACGGGAUAGGAUGAGGAAUGAUGUUUCUGACGACAAUUUCCUUGAAAAGUUCAAGCUGAGUUUUGACAAGGUCGAUAAACCCCGCAGGGAUGCUCCAACUGCCCAGCCACUUCAAGAAGAGAACAAGUCGAAUCAAGAUCAAACAGUGAAUGAGCAGAGGCCGCCGACCCCGGAGGAUGCUGACGAGAUAUUCAAGAAAAUGAAGGAGACAGGCCUUAUCCCGAACGCUGUGGCGAUGCUUGAUGGGCUUUGUAAAGAUGGGCUAAUCCAAGAAGCAAUGAAGCUUUUUGGGCUGAUGCGAGAGAGGGGCACUAUACCCGAGGUUGUUAUAUACACUGCAGUUGUAGAAGGGUUCUGCAAGGCCCAUAAGUUCGACGAUGCUAAGAGGAUCUUCAGGAAGAUGCAAGCUAAUGGUAUCACUCCAAACGUGUUUAGUUACACUAUUUUGGUACAGGGCUUGUAUAAGUGUAAUAGGGUAGAGGAUGCUCUCGAGUUCUGUGAGGAAAUGGUGGAAGCGGGUCAUUCCCCGAAUGUGAUGACCUUUGUGGGAUUAGUUGAUGGAUUGUGUAAGGAGAAAGGCGUGGAGGAAGCUCGGGGUGUCAUCGAGAGAUUGAGGCAGAAGGGGUUCUUCAUUAACGAGAAAGCCGUUAGAGAGUUCUUGGAUAAAAAAGCUCCAUUCUCUCCCGUCUUGUGGGAGGUGAUUUUCGGAAAGAAACCAUCGCAGCAAUUAUUUUGAGCUACUGAUUGUUCAGUUUUAAUGCUCUAGGUGUUAUGAGAUCGUCAUUCGAAGAACCAGAAGGAAUCUCGUGGCCAAAUUUAUGUUAUAAUACUUUCUGCUUGUAGGAGGACCUCGGGAGUGCGCGUCUUGAGGUCUUUGCUGAUGUGCUGUUCAGUAUUCAAUUCAGUUGACUGCCAUCCCGAGAGUAGCUUGUCAACAUGGCAUAAAUAAGUACUUUAUCGGUGUCUAUGCUGCAGUUUUUGUUUACUAAUGUAUGGAUAGUGAUCGUGUCAUUUUGAAGGUGACAUAGUUCUUUGCUCGUUGUUAA